UGCCCGGCACCGCACUGGCGCACUGUCCAAAUGCUCCCUCUCUCUCCCAACUCCGCACACGCUUCUUCUCCUGCAACUCCUGGCCGUCGGGACGUUCUCAUUGAAAAUGUCACAUAUUCCUACACGCGCCGACGGCCCCUUUCUUUUGUCUCUAUGUACGUAACUGAACUGCCGGCGUGAUAUUGGCAUACCUACAUCUCGCCUCUGUGAUUACGUCGCAAUUUUUUUUUCUCCCAUUUGCCGUCCUCCCAUCCCACUUUUGUCUCCAUCCCCCUGUAAGACAAAUAAGAAAGCAGAUUUUGUAGGAGGGAAAAUGGGCUGUUCAGGGUUCAAUUUCAGCCUUCAGCGUAUCUCUACCCCUUUUCGUCUCACCUCCCUCGCGGUCGGACGAGUCCCAGGUUCUUCUUCAUCUUUAAAAUAAUCAGUGUUGCAGCGGAAAGUCCCGUAUUGUUCGUUCUGAACAAACCAAGCAAGGCAACAAAGAAGACUGCUAAUACAUCGAUUGUCCAUGCUUCAGAAAAAACAACUAUUCAAAGGGAAAACGCUGCCAUAAACUGUGUCUGGAGAAUGCGAUGUGAAAUGACUCUGUUGUUGUUCCUGUGUGCUCUCUGUCCCCUAAUCCAUGCAUCCCCUUUGAACCUGGGACAAGGAGCAGAAGACACAGGGGUCCUGCGAGUGACCAUCCCCAAAUCCCCGCGCCCCGCGGCCACCCUGGGGGGGUCUCUGACCCUCCCGUGCCUGGCGUCUCCGCCCCGUGCGCUGGGUCGCUCGUCCCCGGUCGCUCCGCGGUUCAAGUGGAGCAUCCUGACCGCCGGUCGGGAGACGGAGAUCCUGGUGGCCCGGGGCGAGCGGGUGAAGAUCAGCGAGGCCUACAGGGAGCGCGCCUCUCUCCCCCGCUACGCAUCCCACCGCGGCGACCUCACCCUGCACCUCCUCGACCUCCGCCACAACGACACGGGCUUCUACCGCUGCGAGGUUCAGCAGGGUCUGGAGGACGCACACGACCUCGUGCAGGUCAAGGUGAAAGGUGUGGUGUUCCAUUACCGCCAUGCUUUCGGCCGCUACGCCUUCUCUUUCGCGGACGCCCGGCUGGCCUGCGAGGGGAUCGGGGCGCACAUGGCCACGCCCGAACAGCUCCUGGCAGCCUAUGACAGCGGCUACGAGCAGUGCGACGCCGGCUGGCUCUCCGACCAGACCGUCAGAUACCCCAUCCAAACCCCCCGCGAGGGUUGCUACGGUGACAUGGACGGGUUCCCAGGAGUGAGGAACUAUGGGACGCAGUACCCAGAAGAGUUGUUUGAUGUGUACUGCUAUGUGGAGAACAUUGAUGGUGAGGUAUUCCACGUCUCGACCCCACAGCGCCUCACGCUGGAGGAGGCAGAGCUGUUCUGCCGGGCGUCGGGGGCGGAGCUGGCCACCACAGGCCAGCUGUACGCCGCCUGGAACGACGGCCUGGACCACUGCAGCCCCGGCUGGCUGGCGGACGGCAGCGUGCGCUACCCCAUCGUUGCCCCCAGGGAGCGCUGUGGUGGAUCCCAGCCCGGGGUCAAGACCGUCUAUCGCCACGCCAACCAGACCGGCUUCCCCGAGCCCCACGCCCGCUACGACGCCUUCUGCUUCAGAGGUAACGGGAAUCCCCACACGGACGCCCCCAUGGACUACCUGGCCACGGAGCCGGAGGACCUGGGGCAGGACAUUGUGACCCUGAUGGAGCCCCUGGAGGAGAUCAGCCUGGGGGAGGUGAGCGAGGAGGUGGAGAGCGAGGUCCAGGGCGCUCUGGAGUCCUUCCCCGUUUUCGGGGGGCGGGAGAGGGGACGGCAGGAGGUCGGGAACGAGCCUCGCACCACCACCGCCGCCGCCUCUCGGGGUGGGCACCCCUUCCCCGUUGACCUCCAGACCCCCGUCACCCCGGCCUCCCCUGCCCAGGACCCCCGGCUCACAUGGAAACCUGCCACGGUGGCGACCCCGAAAUCUGGCAGGCCGGUUAUCCCACACGAAAAACCUGGCAACCCAAAGCAUUACCAGCCAACGGCAGAGACCGACCAGGAGUCUGAGGAGUCUUCCACCAAAAAUCCUAAGCACCAUCACCCCGUGCCCGUCACAAAUAGGGAGUCCAGUGAGCCUUCGACUAAAGACCACGAACGUUAUCAUCCCACGCUGGCAACCAGCCUGGAGUCCAGUGAACCUGUAAUAAAAAACCACGGGCAUUACCAACCCAUGCCGGAGACGAACCUGGAAUCUGGUGAGCCUCUGGGCCAAGACCACGAGCAGGCCCACCCCACGCCAGACACGCACCCGAAACCUACUCCCUGGACCCCGGACAGCGGACUGUCCGAUGGCUCCAAGCACUACCAGCCCAUGCCGGAGACCAACCCGGAGUCCAUCGAGCCUGCGGGGCCCCAUUUCAACGUGUCCGGAGGGGCUGUGCAGGAACAGGAGGGGAGUACGUCGGGGGUCGUCGCCACAACAACCCCCAACUCCAUCGGGAGCGGGCGCGGAACGUCCAGAGAGGGCCUGGCGGGAAGGGUGGAGGAGACCUCCGCGUCGACCGCCCGGCCGGGCGAGGACCGGGACCCGAACACACCCCUGACCCGGUCCACCCUAACGCCCGACAGAGAGACCCUCUCUGUCGACUCCGCUACGGAAGGUUCCGGAGAAUUCGGCCCUGGACCCGAGGACCCGUGGGAGGCGGCAGUGGCCCAUCGGGAAGAGCUGGGCGCCUCCGGCACUGCCAAAUCCGCUGACCGUGUCACCCAGGGCCCCCUAAGCACGGUCUCAUAUGGUCCUGUCGACCAGGUCCAUAUUUCAGCACAGACCGGGCCCUCAGACACGUCCACAGAGGGAGACUCCGCCCAGGAGCACCCGGGUGUCAUUGCCGUGGAGACGGUGUCCGAGACGCGAGAGGAGGCCCAGCCCGAGGGAGUCACGAUCACCCUGCUCAGCACCCCGUCCGUCCCCUUCCACACCCCCGGCCCGACCACGCCCUGGGGCGAGCCGCGGACCUUGGUCCCGGAGGAGGCGGAGCUGGAGGAACAGGACAUCCCGCUCGAAACGCAGCCAGGGUCCGGGGAUGGGGCGACCACCGCAGAGGCGACGGACUCCCCGUAUCUGUCUACAGCAACCCCAGUCCCGUCCCCCGAGGCGUCCGAAACACCUGCGCCCGACCCGGGGUACAGGCGCACCGCCACCUCCGACCAGGAAAACCAGUACCUGACCACAGCUUCCUCCAUGCUGGCCUUCGCGGUCACUGACAUGCCCGCGACCGCGACCGCGACCGCGAUCGUGACUGCCGACGCCGACGACGCCUCCGACCGGGACGAGGAGAGCGGACACGAUUUCGGCACGGAGGCCGCGCCUCUCGAGUCAGAGGUGACCCUCCUUCCCGACGAAUCGCAGACCUCCAGCUGGGGGCUCCGCCCCUCCACCACCGCCCCCCAGGAGUCCCGGUCCGAGCUGGACUACAGCGGAGACGACCGCCCCGGCGGAGAGGACGUGGUCGUCCGGGAGCACGUCCCAGAAUCCUCGGCUGAGCUCGAGGCCCCGCCCACCACCGAGUCUGUAGAGCCCAGCAGCCCCCCCGCCACCAAGGGGCGGCCUCUCGCGGAAACGGCCGGCCCAGAGAAGGACGUUUUUGAGGACCGGUCCCCCACGGUGGGCACGGAGCAGGCCCAGCGCGAGUUACCCCCCACCCAGCCGCCCACCCUCGCCAGCCUGCCCAAUGAGAGGGCGGCGGUGGGGAGGGGGCGGAGCCUCUCAGAUGCCUGUGUGGCCAGCCCCUGUGCCAACGGGGGUACCUGCGUGGAGGAAGGAGGGUAUGCCAAGUGCCUUUGUCUGCCCACGUACGGAGGAGACUUCUGUCAUAAGGAUUUGGAGCAGUGUGAGGCAGGCUGGGAGAAGUUCCAGGGCUUCUGCUACAAGCACUUCUCCAACCGGAAGAGCUGGGAGGUGGCCGAGCAGCACUGCCGCAUGUCCGGGGGUCACCUGGUCUCCGUCAUGACCCCCGAGGAGCAGUACUUCAUCAACGAUAACUACAAGGAGUAUCAGUGGACCGGUCUGAAUGACAAAACCAUCGAAGGGGACUUUCGCUGGUCUGAUGGAAACCCUGUGCUCUAUGAGAACUGGUACAGGGGCCAGCCGGAUAGUUACUUCCUGUCAGGAGAAGAUUGUGUGGUGAUGGUGUGGCACGAGGGGGGGCGUUGGAGCGACGUGCCCUGCAACUACCACCUGUCCUACACCUGCAAGAAGGGCACCUCUUUCUGCAGCGAGCCGCCCGUGGUCCCCAAUGCCAGGAUGUUUGGGAAGCUCCGCUCGCGCUACGAGACCAGCUCUGUGGUGCGCUACUACUGCGCCGAUGGCUUCCUGCAGAGGCACUACCCCGUCAUCCGGUGCCUGCCCAGCGGCAAGUGGGAGGAGCCACAGAUACAGUGUCUCCAAGACCCCGCCAGCACAGUGGAGGGAGAGCAGGGCGCCGCCCUCCCCGUCGAAAAAGAAGAAGGGGUCGUCCAGGGGACCGCCACCGAGAAGGCCACACUCCGGUUCUGGGACAUCAAGUGGAAUUUUUGAAGCCCCACUCACUCCCCUCUCUUCUCUCCCUUUAACCCCCUCCCCUACCCUGAGCCCCUCCCACACCCCCACCCACUGGACCUAUCGUAGAGCUGGGCCUUCACUUGAUAUCGAGGAGCGACUGUAUGUUUUUUAGCACUGAGUAUUUUCGAUCCUCCAACCAGGUUAAAGACGCAACAGAACUCCACCCAAAUGCUUUAGUAGGAUACGUGCACUCACUGGUCCAGGUUAAGAGAAAAGGAAUCACAAUAUUUCAUUUUAGCCGACACCUGACAUUUUGGCUCUUGCCUUGUCGCACACCCAUGAAAAAUUCAAGAGCCAAUGCGUUGGGUGUCACCUAAAAUGAAAUAAAGGAAGACACGAGAAAUGGAUUACGAAUUUGUGUUUUCCUUCUUUUUUUUUACCUUAUCGAUUCUCUGGCCAGUCCCAUGUAACUCGUGGGUGUAAAACAAGGGCGUCCAAUCUUAUCCAAAAAGGGCCGGUGUGGGCGCUGGUUUCUGUUUUAGACACCUGUUUCAACUAAUUAACUGAUCAUGGUCUUCAGUCAAGACCAUGAUACCUACAAGUAAAAUCAGGUGUCUUAGUGCUGGGCUAGAACAAAAUCCUGCACCGACACCAGCACCUUUUUGGCUUAUGCCCCUGGUGUGAAACACCCCUCAUCUGGGUGGGUGGGUCCUUCCGCUCACUUCCCGAAAUUUUAGGGUGUUCGCUGUCCCGGGGUCCUGGCUGCAUCACAGAAAGGGGUCUGGAUUCUCCCCAGUCCCCACACCGCUCCUCACCGAUCCUCCUCCUCUGAUUGGCUGCUUCCAUAUUCGGCGCUUGGUGGUCAGCAAAUCAACAAGCAACAGCUGGAUGUGGGAGACUGAGGCUUCGGCCAACCACAAAAUGGGCGGAGCUCUUUCAUCCUUGUUAUCUUUCAUGUAUUACGCAACUAUAGCAACCUGGGAGUGGGUGGAGAAAGUUUUUUUGAGUGAUUUGUAAAAGUUGGUAAUUGACAGCAAAUGUUAGUCAAGCCCAUUAUGAUGUUUAAGGACCCCGCCCCUCCACACUGUCACUGUCAGCAACCGAUCUACUGUCGAGAUUGGAGUGGGGGAGCAGUCAGGAUGUGAUGUCAUCAGGCAGGGUUAAUGAUGGCUUGCAACUCCAAAGCAGUUUUUUCUAAAGCACUCUGUAUUUCUGAAGACAAAUUUCUAAAACUCUUUGUUUCCAGCCUUUUACUGCACACAUAACAUUUCUUUUAGUACUGAGAACCAUUGAUGAAACGUUAGCCUUUUCCAGUUUAAUUCACGAAUUUACCCAUGCACUUUCUGAAAAACAGAAUAAUCUUACUGACACGGUUCUAUGGGAAAGCUUUAUGUUGUAAUAAAGUUUCGUAGAAUUAAGUAACAACGUUCAGCUGCCUUAACCUAACGUCAGGGGCUGUCAUUGACACAGUUAACAUUUGAAUAAGCCUUUGUAUUUGUACAUAAACACAGCGUUUUCAAAAAAAACAAAAAACUUUUGUUUCUCAAAAAAGCCAACCUGAUUUCAACAUAAAUCUGCAACGAAUGUCAUUUUAAAUUAAUUAAACAAGAAUGUUUUAGAAUUGUAUUUGAAUAAAAACAUAAUGGUCUCUCGGUA